AUGGGACGAACAAAUUUGCGAAUAUUUCUCGUGGUCGCGUCGGUUUGCUUCUUCGUCCUCGCAGAUCAAGUGACGGACAUUCUGAAUGGAGUCUCUCAUAAUCUUGCCGGCAAUGAAAGUGUAAUCGAACACAACACUUCUGCAACACACGAAUCACAGAAUUCCACGAAGGCAACCACAAAAUCAUGUGUCAGCAUGCUUACCGUAGCCGUCCCUCUUACAUUUUUCUUCAUCUUUUGA